AUGCAUCUCCGCAAGCUUUUGAUCGCUGUCGUAUCCAUCAGCGGGUCCUCCCCGUCAGCUCUGGUUCAGGCCGUCCAGGUGCAGAAAGCGGGUCUGACCAAGGCGGCAGUCAAGAAAAUCUUUACGGACACCUACUCCGCCUACAGAGAGUAUGCGUUCGGACACGAUGAACUCACUCCGGAGUCCAAGAGCUUUUCCGAUAGCCUCGGCGGCUGGGGGGCAUCGAUGGUCGAUGCCAUGGACACUAUGCUGAUUAUGGGCAUCGAGGACUGGUUCUUGGAGGCGGUCAACAAAACCGCGGGUAUCGAUUUUAAUACCACAACAACGGACAGUACUAUCAGCGUCUUCGAGACCACGAUUCGCUACGUGGGCGGCCUCCUGGCCGCGUACGAGCUCAGCGACCAAAAAUAUCCUGUACUCGUCCAAAAAGCGCAAGAAGUCGCGAACAAACUCGUGUUCGCAUUUACUGGCUCGAGCCCAAUUCCAUUCGGACACCUCAACUUCACCACCAACACUCCUGGCACCGAAUCUACUAGCGUGGCAGGGGCUGGAACACUCUCGCUCGAGUGGGACCGCUUGACCCACUACACCGGCAACACCACGUACCAAAACUUGGCAGUCGCGGCGGUUGAGCACAUCGCCAGCUUGCCCGAUCCACUCCCGGGCCUGCCAGCACAGGGCAUUGACGCAUCUACCGGCGAGUUUGUGGGCGCCUACGUGACCUGGGGUGGAGGCACGGAUAGCUACCUCGAGUACCUAAUCAAGUACCCCCGCUUGACCAACGACCAUGACGACCUUGCGACCGUCUGGGCAACCGCCGUUGACAGUUCCAUCCGGACCCUCCUCAGCACCUCAACCGUCGGCAAUUGGACCUACCUCGCCGACCUCACAGAUGACGCAGAAAUUCGCGUCAUCGGAUCGCAUCUUGCGUGCUUCCACGGCGGAAACUGGCUCAUGGGCGGUCAAAUGCUCAACAACCAGACCAUCGUCGACAUCGCGCUCGAGCUCGUCGACGCCUGCUGGAACACGUACGCGGCCACCGCGACCGGCAUCGGGCCCGAAGCCUUCGCGUGGAUCUCGCCUCAGACCAACUUUUCCGGUGCGACGCCGUCCGCGGACGAUCUUGCGUUCUACCAGGAGCAUGGCUUCUACAUCUAUCCCGGCGACGGAUUCUGGGUGCAGCGUCCGGAGGUGAUGGAGAGUAACUUCUACGCAUACCGCGUCACGGGCGACACGAAGUACCUCGACCGCGCGGCGAGUGUCGUGGAGAGCUUCCAGCAGUUCACCCGCGCCUCGCAGACGGGCGCGUACGCUCCGAUCAACGACGUCAACUCGAACACCACGACGCUGAUGGACGAUACGCAGUCGUUCUUCUACGCCGAGGUGCUCAAGUACCUCUACCUCACGUUUGACGAUCCGGACCAUAUCAGCUUGAACGACUUCGUAUUCAACACCGAAGCGCACCCGUUCAAGGCUCCUCCCGCCAAGGCGACUUACGGCACGGGCAAGCUCAACCCACCAAACAACACGGGCGGGUCGCGCACCAAAGCGCAGCCCGCCAAUCUGGCCCAGAUCAGCGAGGUUCCCAUCGCGCCCAAACAAAUCGCGGAUCUAUACAAGGGAUUCUGA